GCGGAGCGCGUAGCUCCGAGCUGCUGAGCGCUUUGCUGCGAGGGACGGAUCGCGGAGCUCCGAGGAACGGAGCCCCGGCCCCGGAAUGAGCUUCCCGCGACCCCUGCGGCGCUCCGUCAGCCUGAGCCCAGCCCGAACCCUGCGGCUCGUCGUGCUGGGGCAAGGCGCCGUGGGCAAGACAGCACUGACUGUCAGAUUCAUCACCAGAAGAUUCAUUGGAGACUAUGACCCAACACUAGAAAUGAUUUACAGACACAUGGCUGUCAUUGACGGGGAGAUGGUGCACUUUGAGAUCCUCGAUACAGCCGGACAGGAGGAAGACUCCCUGCAGAUAGAGGAGAAGAUCAAGUGGGGCGAUGGCUUUGCAGUGGUCUAUUCGGUGACAGACAGGUGCAGCUUUGACGAGGUGAUGCGGUUGUGUUUCCUCAUCAACCACAUCCACUCCAGCCCUAAGCGGAGCGGCGGGAGCGAGCAGCCGCCUGUGGUCAUCGUGGCCAACAAGAAGGACUUGCAGUUUGACAGGAUGGUGUCCACGCAAGAUGGCGAAAACCUUUCCAAAGCUUUGAAGCUUCCUUUCUAUGAGAUUUCCACUCGGGACAGCUAUGAGGAGACUGUGGCAGUGUUCAGUACCCUCUACCAAGAGCUCAUGAGGCAGGGGCAUUUUUCCCCAGGCUCCUUCAAGAGGAGGACAGUGUCGAAAGUGAUGGAGAAGAUCCCCAAGAUGCAAGCCAGCUCCACCUUGAACUCAGCAGGCCGCAGUCUCAGCUUUAACUCUUUUAGGGACUACAUCCCUGAGUGAGCAUCCCUGGUGCAGAGGAACAUGACUGAGGGAUGGGUCCUCCUGCUGCCGAGGCACCUGUUGUGUAGUGAGGAGCUGCUUUACUUGGCGUUGAAGAGUAGCGUGUAGAGCAGGAGGGGAAUGUUAAGAGGUGGCAUUAGUGUUCAGCAGCCUCUGAAAGCCUGGUCGCUACAAACAGGCUUUGGGUCUGCAGGAAGGAUGCUCUUCCUCUGUCCCACCCAUCCUCCUCCUCCUCCUGCUUGAAGUCAGCAACAAAGGUUGUUCCUGUUGACUUCAGAUGUGUUGUGUCAAUGCUUGUGGGUCCCAAUUGGCUGCACUGGGGAUCAGAUCCAGCACCCACACCUCCCUAUGGGAUUUCUGCUUUCCACAGUGAACUCGCUGGGUCUGUCCCUGUCCCUUAUUCAUGGUCCUGGGUUGGCAGUGAGGGCAUGUUUUAAAGCAGAGAUCUGUUUACAGUAAGGAUAAAAAUUCUGCUAAUCCCUGGCUUUUCUCAAAAACUAUUUUUCUUUAACAUCUGAAGCUCCUUGGCGUUCUCUCCUGUAACAUCACUGUAAAUAAAAGCCUGGGCAAAGGGCUGUUUGCGGAGGCUGCCCCUUGUUUGUCAUCUCCAGAGCUGCCAGCCUUUAAGGGGAAGCAAAUUGGAUGGCAUCACUGCUGUGCCCUGCAACCUUAGGCUAAGGUCACACUACUCCAUCCUGGGAGAGUGUCAUUCCUGAUGCAUGCCCUUGCCCUAGAACUCAGCUCAGUGUGUGUCUUGGAGACUCCCAGAGUGCAAGCAGUGGGUGUGGAUACAGGGAAGUGCAAAUGAUUCUUAGUCCCUUAUCUGCAUUAAAACUGGGACAGUUAAAACUGCCCUAUCCCUUUAGCUGAAUAAGUUGGCGUGGUUUUUUUUUUGCUCAGAUUGGCUUUGUUAUGGGGCAGCAAAGGCAAGGAAAGGAGCCAGGCUUGCAUCUUUUUGCUGCUGCAUCAUCGGUGCCAUUGACUGUCCACUUGCUAAGCUGCUUCUGUGCAAUUUCUCUCAGAUGUAGAGCUCUGCUUUGCCACCCCAGGUGAGUUUUUUGGAAGACGUGUGGCGUGCCACUUGUGUGUCUUCUGAGAAGCAACUGUGUGCCACUGUGCCCUGUGCCAAUAAAAGCCGAGUUAGCACCUGUGUGUGAUGCUUUCUUGCCUGGAUGUUCCCACAGGAGUGGGGAAGAGAUUGUUGUACCGUGAUAAAAGAUAUAUCACUUUUAGGGAGAGCACGGGUGGGGAAUAAGCCUUUAAAUUGGGGAUCGGUGUCUCCUGUUGCUUCCACCCCACCUUUUUUUGUGUGCUCCCCUUUUGAUGGUGCAAAAAGAAAGAAGCUGGCAGAGAUGCACACCCAGGAUUCACAGCCUGAGGAUAUAGCUCAUGCUCCAUCCCUUUCCUGCCCACAUGGACACCCCUGAUGCAUCCCCAAAGAUGCUUCCUGUGGUUGCUGGUGCCUAACCAAGAGCUUUCUCAUCUGUGGUAUAACUCAGCUCUGCCUUCCUCAGUGCUUCUGCCACAUAUCCAUCCCAUGGGGUGAAGAAGAACUCCAUUGAGGGUCUGAAAUAAGAAUAGUUUGGGAUAGCUCCUUCACAACAUCUGAAUUAUCUCCAAAGCAGCAGCAGUGGGAAACACCUCUGGAAACUGUUUGUGGCCAGACACCGGCCUACCUUGAGCGUAAAAUUUGGGGCUUACAGCCUUGGGGGAAGCUGGCUAUGGGGAAGCAAGAACUGGGAUUUUUUGUCACUCACUGACCCGAAGCAAUGGGGUCUGCACCCAAACCCAGCCAGGAUGCUGAGCACAUGCUUGAGUCUUGCCCUGAGCCAGUGUUCAAAGCCAGGCACAGCAUAAAUCCAUAUUUUUCAGUAUGAAUUACUCAAGGAGCAGGAGAGGGGCAGCUUGUGGAAAGCAGGGGCCAGCAUGCAUGUGCUUCCUCUGGGAGCAAAGCACAGCAAGGAUCGCUGUCCUGAGCUGACCCCAGUGCAUCACUACGUUGCCAGGAAUCCAAGCAGAGUGUUUGGCCAAAGCCUCAGUGCACUCACUGCUUGCAAGUCAGCCUCUUUGUGAAGGCCAAGAGGCUGUUUGGCCUGCUAUAAUUAGCAAGAAACCUCAUUUAUUCAACUGCUCUCAGAGAGGCCAGUGGGGGCUUGUUAGGGCUAAUUGCUGGAAGCCUUGAGGGGCUCCUCAUAAGCACCCCAUCAGCUCCUGCUGAAGAUUCUGGUCGGUCUUGGAGGAGUUUCCCACUUGAGUGCAGUGUUGGGAGGGUGGUCCUUGGGGUGAUCCCCUUCAUGGGGAGCUGAGGGUUGAAGAUGUUCUUGGGAAGGUUUCAGUAGGGCAGCCCUAUAGAUCCUAAAUCCGUUUGCAGAGGCUUGGGUAAUGGGAGGAAGAAGAAGGUCUCUGCUUUCCUUGGAGCGUGUUCUGCAGACUCUGGAGUGUAUCUAUGGCUCAGGGAAGAAGGCUUCAAGCCAUAUUAGUGGCAGACUUUAGGGCUGUUUAAUAACACAAGGGGGAAAACAGGGAUGAAUGGAGCUGGGGUGUCUCAUGCAGACGCUCUGGGCAAAUGAUCCCAUGCUUUCCUGCUCUGCUGGAAAAUGUCAGCUUUCUGGGGACAAGUGCACCUGGGUCCUGUCAGUCCUUCCAGCCUGAUGUCAGGGCAGGGAUGGGAAUCUGAUGGCUGGGCCCCACAGCCAGAAGCUGAAGAGUUGGGUCUAAUCACCCAAAAGGCAUCUCCAGGGCAGCGAUUCAACUUUGUGAGCGCAUAGGCUGCAAAUCUGCUUACCAGAUUUCUGGGAAGCUUAAAAGAGGUGAAUUAAAUGAAAGCGUUCUUUCUAAAUGCUCCUUUCCCUCCCAUUCACCAAAACCAUCUCCCAGGCUGUCCUGCAGUGCUCCCUUUGUGCUUUCUGGGAUGCCUCCUGAAAAAGCAAGAUGCAACGAUUGGUACAUCUUAUUUAAUUACCCUACAUUGCACUUGGGUUGAGUGAGGUGGGUUUCUUUAUCCCUACCCUGGAUCCUUAUGGUACUUGCUCCUCUGAUUGUGUUCCUUGUGUGAGGAGCUGUGGUCAGAAAGAUGAAGCUGUGCUUACACGAGUAUGGAAAGGCUGGUUUCUACAGGGGGUCCCACGGUGGAGAAGCUGCUUUCUUUCCUUUUGCUUCUCACUCUUUGUCAUCAACCUUGUGCUAAAUAAAUGAAAUAAACAGAAGGCUU